AUGGCAGAACAUGAAUCCGGGGAGACCCCUCCAUCCAAUCAAUCUACAUCACCCUCCUCGAAAUCGAACCCAACACAUCAUAUAACCUCAAUUGGAAAUCAGAGCCAUCCAAAGACACGCACCCCGCAUCAUAAUAGGAAUCAAUCUUCAUUAUCAUCAAAAGUUUCACCUACACUAGAACCUUCUUUCCUAUCUAAUGAAAGUGAUGAGAUUGAUAUCAGUCAUGUGCCCUUAUCUGCACACAUAUUGACACCAUCGGGUCCAACGGAUAGAUCAUCAAAACAAAAUCGAAGAUCACUGUUCUUACCAGACCCUUUCAAAGCAGGACUUGCAUCUCCAACUCAGAAAUCUUUCAAACUUUUCUCGAAACGUGCUAGUUCAUAUAAUCCAUCAACCACAAGAACAGAUGCAGAUUCCAGCAAAGACGACACGAAGAGCAAACUCGCCCCAAAACGAUUUUCUCACAGAAAAUCACUCCUCAACCAUUCUCGAGAUGCGUCUAUACCAGAAGAAGAAUUCGAUCUCAAUCUCCUCAGUGCCGCCAUGCCCAUGGCCUACCAAGGGAAAAUCAUCGAUAGCACCGCCAGUGCAGAAACAGAAUAUGAAGAUGCUCCCAUGGUAUCUCCCAUGGCGAUUCCCUUCGAUCUCUCCAUGUUCCACGAACCUAUCCACAACUCCUCAUUGACCCCCGCAAUGCGCAAGCAAAUUAAUCGACAAGAAGCAGCGGGAAUACUUACCGGCGGAUUGGGCGCUGGUUUUACUCCAGAUAGUACGAUUACCAGCCACGAUUUAAUGGCCGAGAAUUCUCAAUCCAGCAACGCAGCUUCUCGUCUUUCCCGUCGUCUAACUCUACGAAAUGGUCUCAUCCGAGCUCCCACACUCAAAGAUCUCGCUCAGAACGAAGCCAACAGGCGCGGCGAGGUAAUCGAAGUCAUCGUGCAAGAGCCCAUCGAUGCACCUGUUGAUAUAAGUUCCUUCGCCGGCCACACUGGAAUGCACGAAUCGAAUUUCGAUUUCAAGAGUAUGGAUUCUCUCCCCUCGACCAUCAACAAAAAAGCCACAUUCAAAAGUUCCAACGUGGAAGUAUUCUACCCCCAAGCGAAUUGGAAGCCCUUUUCCAUGCGUGCGCCCUACCUCACCGCACUCAUCAUUAUAUCUGUGGUCCUCGGCGCCGCAGAAGAAUAUCUCUAUCAGAAAUCGCGCAAAAGUCCUCUCUAUUCCUUCACAUCCGCAUCUGCGAUGAAGACAUGGGAUUAUUUUUGUUUCAAAUAUCUCCCCACUCUCGUCGCCGUUAUCUUUGGCGUUUUAUGGCAAAUCACCGAUUUCGAAGUCAAGCGUCUAGAAGCCUAUUAUCAACUUUCCAGAGAAGGCGGUGCGUUAGCUGCGGAAUCAAUUAAUGUGGAUUAUAUUACCUUUUUUAACGUCUUGCGUCCUUUUCGCGCGUUGCAGUUUAAACAUUACGCUGUGGCUGUCUCGUCCAUCGCGACUUUAUUAGCCGUGUCUUUAGUUCCCACGCUGCAAUCUGCAAGUGUAAUUCUAAUCCCGAGUCGAGAAAUCAGGAGAGCAGAUCCAACUGUACUAAAAGGAAUUGUGAUUAGUGGUCCCUGGUCUCGUUUACUCAGUCUCUCGCUCUGGCUCUGUGCUAUAUUCGGGUGUAUCCUACUCUGGCAGCUGGAGCGCCGCCCCUCGGGUCUCGUGGCCGAUGUUAAAGGAGUUGCUGGAAUCGCCGCCAUGGCAAAUCGCUCGCAUAUCCUGAUGGAUUUCAAAGACAUGGAUACCGCGACUCCGGAUAUGAUUCAUCAGAAACUAAAAGCACAUCACUACACCCUACGCAAUUCUUCUCUCGCCCCAUCAGACCAGAUUCUCACUCAAGCAGAUAAGGACAAAUACGAUGCCCACUCCCACGCCUCUCAGAAUCCACAUCCACUAUUUCUGCGUCUCAUCGCUGGCAUCCCAUUCAUAAUCUCCAUGUUCCUCUUCACGCUCCUCAUCCCCAUCAUCCUCUUCACCCCCGCCAACACCAUCACCGACAAAGCCCCCUGGCUCCUCACCCUCGGCGCCGUCUCCAUCAAACUCUGCUGGGGCAGUCUCGAAACCGCUAUCCGCAUGAUCGAACCCUUCUACAUCCUGUCUCUACGCCACGCUUCCCCUACCGCCCUCACCCUCGACUAUACCGCCAUGGCCUUCGGCUGGCUCCCCAUCCGCGCUUUCCUCAACGGCCACUACCUCGUUGCCGUCGUAGGACUCGGCUCUGUCCUCGCGGAAGUCCUCACCGUCUGCGUCACCAGUUUCAGCACCGUCACCGGAAACGAUUUUACAUCUCGCUCAUCCUCUCCCAAUGCCCCCUCUAGCGGCGUCGACGCCGGCGAAGAAACAUUCGCCUCCUUCUGGGCUUCUUUUUUCCUCGCGCUCUCCAUCCUCGUCUUCCUAAUCUGCAUCUCAGUCCUCUCCUACGCGCGUCGACGCCAUCCCUUUCUCCCCCGCCAACCCAGUUCUAUCGCGUCGAUUCUGGCGUUUAUCUAUCAAUCCAACAUGUUGUAUGAUUUUGUGGGCACCGAGAAACUCAACAACCGCGAAAUGGAAGAGCGAUUAGUGGGGAUCGGAAAGAAAUAUGGGUUGGGCUGGUUUAAGGGAAGGGACGGCGAAAUGCAUUGCGGAGUUGAUGAGGAGGAGUUAAGUGCGAGGUAUUUGCAUGGGCAAAAUAAGAAGGCGGAGAGUGAGCCGUGGAGGGGAAAUUGGCAGGAUUAUUAG